UCCUCCCACCGCAAGCCGUUCCUUCCCCGCGUCCCUUGCAGGCUGCAGCACUCCUACAUGCGUACGCGCGCGCCGUGGAUACAUAUAACCACACCGCACUCACCCACGCCGUGACGCGCACGGAUCAGUCUGUAAGCUGAGACGCCAAGGAAUCCAGCACUCCAGCACCAACCUGAGAUGCGCGAGGGCGAGGCAACAGCAAUGCCGGCGGCGCCGUCCCCUCCUCCAUGGGUGGCGCUCCCCCUCGUCGCGCCCUUCCUCGACGCCGCGUCCCUCGCGGCGGCCUCCUGCGUCUCCACCUCCUGGCACGCCGCCUUCGCAGCAGACUACCUCUGGGCGCGGCUCUGCCGGUCGCACUACCCCGCAGCGCUCGGCCUCCUCCGCCAGCUCCCCGACAGUGACGGCGCCGCCAGCGACCGGCAGUGCUCCUCCUCCCCGCACCGCCUCCUCUUCGCGCUGUUCCGGUCCGCGUCCUCCCGCUCCCGGGCUCUCCCCUCCCCGCGCCUCGCUCUCGCCGACGUCGCGUUCGCCGUCGACAUCUUCACGGCCGGUGGGAAGAACAUCCUGUCCUUCGCGGUCUCCGCCGACGAGGCCGGCGAUGUCAAGAACGCCGACGGACUGUUUCUGUUCGGGGUUGACCUGAGCGACCGGAACGCGGUGAUCGGGUCGGGGGACUGGCGCGUCAUGUGGACAGCGGUGCGGACGGCGCACCGCGGGAUCGCGCCUGCGGCGGUCUUGAUGAUGGACGCCAAGGUGCCGGCGGCAAGGGCGGCGGGCGCCAUCAGAUUUGGCGGCAGAGGGGACGCGGGGGUCGCGGCGAGGCUCCCCGCUCCGGGCUGCGGUGGCGCGAGGCUGGAGGCGGAGGUGGUCGUGGAAUUGACCGGGGAGGAGAAGUUGGUGGAGAAGGUUUCACAAUUGAAGAGAGGGAGUCAUCUGAGAGAAACUUUUCUAGCAAAGGCCUUAUCAAUACUUUCCGAAAACAACAUCCGAAUGUUGUGGCCUACACCUUCUGGGGUGAAAAUCAGCGCAUUACUAACAAAGCUUAAAGUUUGUUAAACUAGGAGGGAGGGAGAGGGAGCCUAGGAGGUUUUUCGUAGAAGACAAAAAGAACUACCGCUUCUUUUCCAAGCUUUUAAAGGUCUUUCUUUUCUUAUUGGAAAUGUAAAGUUACCUGUUUUCCCCUUUAGUUCUUAACAGGUUUGUGAUUGGAUUGCUUUCUUGCGUCAGGGUUUAUUGCCGACAAGGUCCAUGAUUCUUACAUUCUGCCAGACGUGUCGUUCAGCGAUCAUAGUCCAAUUGGACUUGUACUGAAGCUGUAGGCGCCGAUGCGACUCCCAACUAUGAUAACUGUAGCAUGAAGGGGCCAAGCUACGCAGAAUCAUCCUCGAUAAAAAAGGCUUGAAGAAGAUUUGCUUAUCCAGGCUGAGACUAUUCAAAUUCAGGUGGUGAUAGUUCGCGUAGCCUCCUGUGGAGGUAUCUGAUCACGUUGCGUUCUUGGACGUAAAUGGAUGUCUAUCUAGAGCGAUAUUAGUCUAUGUCGUUCUUGAGGUACCUCGUGCGUGUCUGCGGCACAAGUUUGUGUCACGAAUGUACACGGUGCUAUACGUUUCUUGACAAGGAACGAUCUGUGUUAUACUUAGCAUACCUUUAUUAUGCACACAUUAAACUUA